AAAUAUAACAAUAAUUCGACGAUGAGCGCACAACCGUCGUCAUCAACUGCAAUGAAUCAGUACAAAACGUUCAUUCUGGAGAAGAAAAUCAAGCACGAUAAGAAGGUGAAACGAAAGACGUUGAAGAAUUUUGUGAGAAGUCGUUUGAGGAAUGACGAUUUGAAGGUGUUGAAAUAUAAACAAUUCGAGCCGUUAUAUGAAAUGUGGUGCGAGUAUUUCUCAACGAUUCUGAGUAAUAGCAAUAAACAAACUGACGACAGGAUUCUCAAGGUUGAUUUCCACGGCUCUCUCCUGAUGGUUUCUGAUGCCGAUAAUCCGUCUCAGAUAGGUCUACAUGGGAUCGUAGCUCGAGAGACUCGGCAGACUUUUCAGUUGAUCACAAAAGAUGAUCGACUUAUCGUGAUUCCAAAGCAAGGAACCGUAUUCCGUUUUGUUUUCGAGGGGAAAGUGUAUACGAUAUAUGGAGAUGCAUUCAGGUUCGUUUUGAAUUCGAUUUUAGUAUUUUGA